AUGUUGCCGCUCCGACCAUCUGUUCAUCCACAGCUCUGCAGAAAUAGAGAUGAUCUUGUAGGUAAUGAAAUAUUCAAAAAUGGCGAUAAUCCUGGAGAUAUAGCUGCAACAUUGGUAGCACAAGCCAAUCCGGGGGCAAAUUACUUGGUCAGUCAAUUCUGUGAAAACGUUACCUUAAAAAGCCUCGCACUUCGCGAAUGUGCAUUUUGUUGCGUAUUUUGUUGUAAAACAAAGCAUUUUGAUUGUUCAAAUGAAGAUGCCCACAUACUUGUGGACUCUGCGAGGUGCGCAUGGAGCUUGUCCAGACCAAGACGAGCACUUAACGAUAUGACUCCUUGGGAACCCAACUUGUAA